AUGGAGACGAAUCCGCUAAUGAACGGUCUGCUGGCUAUAGUGAAGAAUGAGCAGGAACAGCUUCUGGAGCGAGACAAGACGACAACGACGAAGAAGGACGAUGGAGCGAGUUCGCCGAUGAGCGCAAUGACGAGGCCACUUAGCGCCAGUCCAACGGGAGACUAUCCAGCGAAGAGGGUG